AUGUAUCCAGUGGCCACAAGUCUGUUGAGAAGGUGGCAUAGAAUGCUAGGAUUGCCCCGACAGUCACCACCCUCCUGGUACCGAGACGGACUACGAGAAGAGUUGCGUGAACGACAAACAGCGACUACACACUGGCAGAGACUUAGUGAGACCUCUGAUGUCCUUUUUUCUAUUAGCAGAGCGAGUUUUGAUGGGUUCCCCAUCUGCAGGCUGCCUUCCAUCACUGGACAUUCACAUGUGCUAGUGUAUGUGUACAUGUUAGCCAAGUAUACCUCACGUUGGACGUUCUACAAGGUAACUGCAAUGCUUUUCCGUGCUCUCCAGUACAAACUGAUGCGAGAAGUGGUGAAUCCAACCAGAGAUCAUAAGCUCGAUGAAGUGGCUUCUUUCGCUCGCCAACUGCGCCGACUAUGGCCUCUGUUUCCGUAA